CAACUAAAAGUCACUUGACGUGUCUGUAUCCCUCUGAUGGAAUGAUGCAGGUCUGUAAGUGCACCCCGAUGGCUGCAAGACCGACGCUCCGAAUGGACAGCGGCGGUUGCUCCGGGGCGGCGGCGGAUGACAGCCCCGCAUCCAGUCCGAGCUCCAGCCCCAGUCGGGACGGUCCUCGUCGGGACCUCCAGGGCGGCGGGCUCGGCGGCAGAGGACGCCCGGCAGCCGCGAACGCAGCGCGGGAGAGGAGCCGAGUGCAGACCCUGAGGACCGCGUUCCUGGAGCUACAAAGGACUUUGCCGUCCGUGCCGCUGGACACCAAGCUGUCCAAACUCGACGUGUUGAUACUGGCCACCACAUAUAUUGCCCACUUGACUCGAACACUGCAAGAAGAAGGCGCGGAGGACGGAGAGAGCACAAAAAAGACAGAUGUUUUGCACUCAUUGAAAGGUGAUGGCUACCUGCACCCAGUGAAGAAAUGGCCCAUGCGAUCCAGACUGUACGUCGGGGCCAGCGGACAGUUCCUCAACAUCUCAAAUCCUUCGGAGUCAGAGAAUCAAGGCCCAUCAUCGUCCACCUCCCAUAAUAGGGUUAAAUAA